CUUGAGGGAUGCUGGAGUCAAGCCCCUCACAAGCAUUAGGAUCCAGGGAAUCACUGCAACUGGGAGCCCUCAAAAUACUCGUGGGGCAAUAAAGGGAAAAAAAAAAAAAAAAGCAAUGGAUUUUCAGGCACAGAGUCCCAUCUCUGCAUGAAGAGAGAAGCCUGCUGUGUGGUGCUGUGAAUCUCCUUUCCAGAUGCUCAGAGGAGCUGUGCUGCCUUCUAGAGACUGAAGAGGGCAGCGAUGACCUGCACAGAGCACACAGCCUGCAGCGCUGACAUGGCAAACUUCACCCUCCCCUUCAGAGCAAGCCAGAAACUGAUGUAAAUGAACUUGAACUCGUAGCCCAGGACCUCAAGUGAUAACUGCUCCACAGCAUGGGGGAGCUUUAACUGACGCUUCAGACCCUCAAGAUGGGUAGCGGCAGGUAUCUCAAACGACAUUGCUGAGUGGACACAGAAGCAGCAGCCUUCACCUUGCCAGGUUUCUAAACCAGUUAUAAGGCAGAAUCAGGACUAACACAAGGUAAUUAAAAGCACCGGUGAUUUCCUCUAGGACGAAACUUAAAUUUAAGACUCUUUGGAAUAUUUAUGUUACUUAGAUAUCGAAUCCACCCAAAAAAAACCCCCAAAAAUGGUUUUAACCUGCAAUUCCAAUAUUUCUUAUCAUGUAAUCCUGGAAAGUAGGAUAAAUAGCCUCAGUUUUGCGUAGCCUCACUUCUGCACCCCAAGAAAAAAUGCAAAUGGAGUUAUCUCUGACUUGGAAAUGGUUGUUAUUAACUGUGCUGUAAUGGUAGAAACUUAGGGAGAAAGGUAGAUUUUCUAACAUGUUUCUGGAUCCUUCUCAUUGUUCCUGGUGCUGCACUUCUAAGACAUCCUUAAAACCUCUUUUCCCCAGCAAAGCCAGGCAAAUGUUUCCUGUAGGAUCUCCGAGAACUGAUCUCAUCACUCUCUCUACCUGACAGGGAAGUGAAGUACAUCAGCCUCGCAUGAACACAACCAGCCACUCACCAUGGCUUCCCUCCCUGGAAACUCCUCCGACUGCUCCAACUGCACCCACUCUGUGGGGCCUGUGAACAUUUCAAAGGCCAUUUUACUAGGUGUUAUUCUAGGGGGGCUGAUAGUUUUUGGGGUUUUGGGUAAUAUCCUGGUUAUCCUCUCUGUAGCCUGCCACAGACAUCUUCAGAGUGUUACCCACUACUAUAUAAUUAACCUGGCUGUAGCUGACCUCCUCCUGACUUCCACUGUCCUGCCCUUCUCAGCUACUAUGGAGAUUUUGGGCUACUGGACCUUUGGGAGAAUCUUCUGCAACAUCUGGGCAGCUGUAGAUGUUCUGUGCUGCACUGCUUCCAUUAUGAGCCUCUGUAUCAUCUCGAUAGACAGGUACAUCGGGGUGAGCUACCCACUGAGAUACCCAAGCAUAGUGACAGAGAAGAGAGGCCUCCUGGCCUUACUGUGCGUCUGGGCGUUGUCUCUGGUAAUAUCCAUUGGGCCUCUUUUUGGCUGGAAGGAACCAGCACCAGAAGACGAGACAAUCUGUCAAAUCACCGAGGAGCCUGGCUACGUGUUGUUCUCUGCUCUAGGCUCCUUCUACCUCCCCCUGACUAUUAUCUUGGUGAUGUAUUGCCGAGUGUAUGUAGUGGCCAAAAGGGAAAACAAAGGUCUGACUUCUGGUCUGAAGACAGAGAGAUCUCAUUCCGAAGAAGUGACUCUCCGGAUCCAUCGUAAAAAUGCUCCUGAAGGGAGCAGAUCGGCGUCCAACCCCAAGAGCAAGCAUCACUUCUCAGUGCGCCUCCUCAAGUUCUCAAGGGAAAAGAAAGCUGCCAAGACCCUGGGAAUAGUUGUGGGAUGCUUCGUUCUCUGCUGGCUUCCAUUUUUUGUAGUAAUGCCACUUGGUUCUUUCUUUCCUGCAAUCAAACCCCCGGACACACUUUUUAAAAUAACAUUUUGGCUUGGAUAUUUAAACAGCUGCAUCAACCCCAUCAUCUAUCCGUGCUCAAGUCAAGAGUUUAAGAAAGCGUUCCAGAACGUCCUGAGAGCUCAGUGCCUCCCAAGGAAGCAAGCAGCGAAGAAACAAUCCCCAAGUUUCAACCUCAACCAUCCCACCAGCCAAAGCAUGGAGAGCAGCAGAGGUGUGGUCCGUAUCCCCGUUGGCUCCGGAGAAACCUUCUACAAGAUUUCCAAGUCGGAUGGGGUCUGCGAAUGGAAGAUAUUCUCGGCCGUGCAAAGCAUGCCUGCAAAAAAUGCCGUUUCUAAAGACUGUACUGCUGCCAAAGCAAAAAGUAAAGGUUUCCUCCAGGAAUGCUGCUGCGCAGGCACUUCGGGGAACCUCGUCCAUGAAAACUGUAAAGUGCCAACCAUUAAAAUACACACCAUCUCCCUCGGUGAGAAUGGGGAGGAUGUCUAAAGGACUGAACGUGCCUGGCAGCCCAGGCCAGCAAACCGGUGGCUCUGCUGACGGGAUGUUGCUCUUUCUAUUGGGAAGUAGAAUUAGAUGCUACAACAGCUGAAA